GGUACCGAGCCGCAAAAAAAGAAAGACAUCACCGGAUAAUUUGCUAGGCACAGUAUGUACCUGGUAACCACUUAUUUUUAUGGAGGAAUAAGGAGACAGCAAGGUGCUCAUGAAUUGGGAUGCCGUCUUGCCGUAUUGGCAAAGCAAGCCAAGUAUAUCCUCAUCUCGUCAGCUUCUUUGUCUUUCAUCUUUCAUCUCUCAUCGAAUGGACAUGAUAUAAUACGACAUGAAUACGUUUUGAUUGAUCGAGGAAAUCAUCAGAACAAAGAGGUGAUUGCGAGUGUUAGGAAGGAAACGCCUCAAGCUCCAUCUUAAAUCACAGGCCGUUUGCCGAUCAAUGCCCAUCUAUCUCAAAGAAGAUUAAAAGUAACGAACCAGAACUUCUAUUCCUUCGUUGCAUAUUCAAUCUGUGCUGUGGACGUCAUAUGCAACCACAGCAGCAACCACAGCAUAUCCGUACAGAUGCCGUCACUACCCAUCCACGCCACUGGUCCUCCGUUGGAGAUGCGGCCCCAGAAGAACAGUGCGCGUUCGAAAAGAAAUAUUAUCAUUUGUCUCCUGCUUGCCUUAGCAUGCACUUGGAUUCCCUAUACACUUUACUUCCGCCAAAUCUCUACAUCUACUGCCGAUUUAAUAAUGGACAGGAAAACCGGAGAGAUGGUACAUCACGAAUAUGGAACGAAUGCGCAGCCCGCCUUUACAAAUAUGAUACACCUGAUGAAUUUACCUUCCGAUUACCUGCCGCAGACAGGCAAACACAGGAAACCGAAUCGCCUAAUCAUAGUGGGCGAUGUGCACGGAAUGAAAGAUGCGUUGGUGAGUUUGCUCGACAAAGUAAACUUCGAUGAGAAACACGACCAUUUGAUAUUAGCUGGCGAUAUGAUAUCCAAAGGACCAGAUUCUCCAGGCGUGGUUGAUCUUGCCAUGAGAAUCGGAGCUUCUGCCGUGAGGGGAAACCAUGAAGAUAGGAUUAUUCUUGCCCAUGCCGAUAUGAUAGCACAGCAUAAGGAGAUGGAGAUGGAUGAACCUGGCCCGAGUGAAGAUCCGGAGAAAGUAAUUGAUGGGUUGGAGGAAGUCAGUUUCAAUCAUGGAGAUUACAAGGAUCGAGCGCUGGUGAGGGCGCUGGGGGAGAAGAGGAUCAAGUGGUUGAAGAAAUGCCCGGUGAUUUUGAGAGUAGGGCAUUUGGAUGGAAUGGAGCAGGUGGUUGUUGUUCAUGCUGGGCUGGCUCCCGGGGUUGAAUUGGAAAGACAGGAUCCAUCUAUGGUGAUGAAUAUGCGGACCCUGAUUCAUGGGGUACCCAGCGACGAAAGAGAUGGGAAACAUUGGAAUAAGGUCUGGAAUCAACAUCAGAAGAAACUGCCAAAGAAAGAACGCACUACAGUCAUUUACGGCCACGACUCCAAGCGAGGUCUCCAAUUGGAGAAAUAUAGCAUGGGCUUGGAUACGGGAUGUUUGAAAGGCGGCAAGCUGACAGCUGUAGUUAUUGAAGGGGGAAAUUCAUCUCCUAAGCAUAAAGUCGUGCAUGUUAAUUGUAAGGAUGGAAGAAAGCAUUAGAAGCAGGAGAUGGAUUCGGGUAACCUUAUGGGAGGUUUUGCGUUAGAUACCAUGCAAGGCGUUUGGGAUAUUACUUGUUUGAGAUGGUUUAAUGAGAGAAUGCAUCACGCCACCAUGGUUGGGGUUGAUGAUGGGUUUUAUUUGGGGUUUACAGUAUUGGAUAUGAUUAUAUCCCGCAAAUGUUGUUCCGGCGGACAAGGUGGUACCUAAGCGUGAGUGUCAGGUGGCGCUUACUGCAAAUGUCAUUUGCAUCAAGCUUGGGUAGAUGGCAGCGCA